AUGACUACAACCGAUUCAUCAACUCAAAGAGAAAAGAUUAUAGUAUUGGCCGGUACAGCAGGUACAGGUAAAUCUACAAUUGCCGACUUAAUUCUUCGUACGUUUAAGAAAGAUUUCCCCAAGCUUGAAUUUGUCGAAGGUGAUGAUUUACAUCCAGCGGCUAAUGUAGAGAAAAUGUCUCAUGGGAUUCCACUAGGUGAUGAAGAUAGGUGGGGUUGGCUAGAGAAGAUUGCUGAGACAGCUGGUUCGAAUGCUAAGAAGGAUGAUGGUCAAACAAUUAUUAGUUGUUCUAGUUUGAAGAAGAAAUAUAGAGAUAGAAUUAGAAAUGUUUGGCCAAAUGGGGAUUUUUAUUUCAUUUUCUUGUAUGCUAGUAAGAUUGAAAUUUUAAGACGAUUGAAACAAAGAAUGGGUCAUUUUAUGAAGGAAAAUAUGAUGGAAUCUCAAUUUAAUGAUUUGGAAUUACCCGAUGUUGAAAAAGAACAACAUUGUUUUAUUGUUAAGUUGGAUGGUAAAACAUUUGAACAUAUUGAAGAUGAGACUAUAGAAUUAUGCAGCAAAAUUUUAAAAAAUUAG